UUUGCCAACGAUGCAGCAAAACCCAUCCUCCCCCCGUAUCGAAUGUCUCUGAAGAUUCCAGAUAACAAUUCAGUGCCUUAAUUUAAACCUCAAACAUACACCUUUCUUCCUUUCCGAGCGUUGUUCUACCGAUCGAUUCGGUUGAUUGUGGGAAGUGAUUAAGAGUGGACCAAAAUGAAAAACAUAACCAAAGAAAAAAAUCCGAAGCAUGCGUAAAGAACACAAAACCUUAUCGCAUUCGGAUAGAGCGCACCCGAUUGGAGCAAGUGCUGAAUCUGUGGAACGUAAUCAUGCUAAAAUAAUGUAACCAAAGAUGCCUAUCAGGGAAGUGUGCAUAUGUGCGAUCGCAACAGCUGAAACAGAAAAAAGUGUCCAAACUCGGGGAAAGGAAAACCCAAUGCAAAAGCAUACAAAGUGUUCGGUCCAACUGAAAAAAAAACUCGAUACAGCAAAAUGAUAAAAUAAAAUAAUCGAAUGCAUGCAAAACAAACCCCUCCGACGGACGAACUUUUGCAGCCGUGUAUGAGCUGGUGAAGACCCGGGUGCGAGCGAGCACCCAAUUACCGACCCGGUUUUUGGGUUGGUUGAUUAAAUUAUUAAAAAUUUAUUACACUCGUCCACCUCCUUGUGCGUAGAUUACGGUUACAAUCGCUAAUUACUCCCGAGGCAUUCUUUUUCACUUCUUGUGCGUGUGUGUGUGCAUCAUUUUUCGUGUGUGUACAAGCGUCCUGUGUGUAGUUGUCUCUCGAUUUUUGGGCGCCGCUUGCCCAUCCAUCCAUACUUGUCCAGUGUUCGAUGCUAAUUAAUGGUGUGACUCCUCUCUCUCGCUGUGUUCGGACGAUCCGUUCGCUGACUUUCGCAAUCCUUCGAUCGUCGAAUCCCUAGGGGGUAAGAACGGGAGCGGGUGACAAUAAUACUACCGCAAUGGGAGGUAGGAACAGAAAAAAUCAGUCCGUACAAGAAGGCACACGGUGCCCCCGGCCUGGGUACGCUUGUUUUAAUAAAGCGGCGUCACAAGCCAUCGCUCUUUUUAGAGCCCUUUUGGAGGUGAUUUUUUUUUGUUUGUUGCUAAAAUGACAUCCUCAAAAGAAAGGGCCUUCUGGGUCUUCUGGGAUGAUGAAAAAAAUGGAACAUGAAGCUACACGAUGCAUCCACCGCGGUUCCGUUGCUGACCUUUAGGGGUGUUCGAAUAACGUUAACCGUUGGUUGAAGUGAGAAGCUAAAUUAUAUUUUCACAACCAAAUGUUUACUCUACGGAUUAUGGCGUGAAACAGUUGAAAUAACCUUUGCUUUUGGCACUGCAAAACUCGGUGCGCACAUGUUCAAGGGCAUGAAAAAAAAACAGACAUCAACAACCCAACCAACUCAUCUUUAAGGAAAUAUCGUACACAGCAGCUAGCUUUAAAGGAAUUGUUAAGUUCCUUAACAUCAAACAUUCCUAUUCGCACAAUCAGCGCCGACUCACGUUUCGGAUCGCGGCCAGGCCAAAGAUCGCGAUCAACUUUACACGCCCGCGGAUGCACGCCACGCCAACGAACAAUUGGCUCACGUUCGCUAGGGGAAAUAAAAUUAUUUUGUAAACCACCGCCCGUAAAUACACGCGCAAACGAAGGAAGAAGCGCACAAGUAAGAGAUUCACAUUUCCAAGAAGGAUAAUAAAAAAACCAGGCAAACUCUCCACUAAAAUAUGACCGUAUGAAGGUCGAUUGAUAGAGCUCGAAACGUCAAGAUUGAGGUUGACCUUUUUAGCUGGUCCGUUCCGACCAUUCGUUCGUUGUUUUUUUUUUUUUUUUGUUGCGAUGCGUGGUAUUUCUUUGACCCAUGUCCACGUUUGCAUUAAAAUUCCCAACCUUCCCUUUUCGCGAUCGCCAGGAUCGUCACCAUCGUUUCGGGACAGCUGCAUCACAUACCCAUCUGCUCGACCUUUUACAUCUUCCCGCACCUCCCAGAACCACAAACUUCUCUUUUUCCUCUGACAUUCAGCUUUUUGCUGUUUUUUUUUUGAUUGGCCAGGAUGUUGUAUAAGCGUUAUAAAUAAUUUCAAGUAUCCAACCUACGCGACAGAACGGUCAACUGCAUCACUUCCCAACAGCGUUCACCGUUUCCACCGGUCCGAAAACCCGUGAAAGACACUUCAGCCCGGCGGUACCGACCAAAAAUCAGUCGAAAGUUAAAAUAAGUGCGCGUGUGACUUUUGCCAGUAUGAGCGACGUGCGUACGGUGCGAUCUUUUAGGACAAAACCAAAAAAAAAAACAAAAAACAACAACGCUCGAAAAGAGCAGACGACGAACCUUUGUUUUUGGGGGGUUCUCCACCACAACAACAUCCACGCUACAUAUUUAACCUACUAAAAGCCAGCCCUUUAUCGAGCUGAUCGGACAGAAGGGAAUAAGAGGAAAAAACAACAACACUUACUUCUGCUGGACGAUUUCAUCCUUUCACCCGGGCGUGAUUCUUUUGAGUGACUGAUAUCCUUGUGUGUUAAAGCGCGCGUGCUCGGUGAUUAAGGACAUUGUUGCAACGGGUUUGGCCUUCACCGUAAUGGUGAUGAAGAUGAUGAUGAUGAGUACGCUUCCUUAUGCAUUGUUUGUGUUUUUUCUUUCAAUUAUCAUUUUACAGAUAUCAAAUGUUCCCUGUGCAUAGUGAGUGAUUUUUUAGUGACAUAAAUUCGACGUGUGCAUGUGUUUUUGUGCGUGUGUGUUUUAUUUUUUGCAUCCUCUCAACCGUGUUUGUUGUGUGCAUCCUCUCGGUGUGCAAUUGUGUACGAACAACCUCAUCCCGCCCCCGCCCCAGGAGUCGUCAACAACAUUGUUGCGCUCAAGUGAAGUCAAGUGUCCAAAUAACAAUCAACAGCGACUUCAACGGUGGUUUAAACGCGCACUCGCACACACACAAAAUCAACCGGAAGAAGCCGCACGAAGAAAGUCACGAAGAAGGUCGCGCGAGUGAGAAGCGUCAAGUGGUUCAACUCUGGUUAAGUGGGCGCACUGAAGUUUUGACAGCAAAACCGAGUCGUAUAUCUCGGUGAGACGAAUCAUUCAAAACCCGAAAGCAGGCACAACAGCAACAACAACAACAAAAAUGUCAGUGAGAGUAAAUAAAGUGUCACGUCGAUUUCUGUACAACUCGUAAAAAUAGCCUGUUUUUUUUCGUGUAAAGGCAAAGCGUGCGGCAAACAGUGAAUUAUCUGUUUGUCUUGUGCCGAGCGCCGUGCGCCAUCCCUUUUGAACCAUCUUGCGCACUUGAAAAGACUCCCGAUCUCGAUUAGGAGCAAUCGGCAUACAUUGGCACAGGACCCUUAACCGAUCGGCGUACGGUUAACGCAGCCGUCCGGACCGCGGUCACAAAGAUUCAUUCAUCCUGACUGAUCGCCGCCACCGUCUCGGGGUGGCCCACCUCAAGUACAAGUUUGACAAAACCCAUCAGGAGUGCGCUUCAGACAACGUAAUUUGACGUGAAUAUUCGUGUGUGGUAUUUUAUUCGAUAGUUUUGCCGCGCUUGUAGCAGCAACUAUGAAGAGCUUUUCGAACAAAUGUUUCAUGUGGUGAAGUAGAUAGUUUGUGUGGUUUUUUUUGUUAGUGCUCUACGUCAGUUGAUUGCUUAUUGCUACGUUUGGAGAUUUGCUGGUGUGGGGCAAAAAAAAGACAUCUUCAAUUAGCCUUUGCCCGAUCAGCAGGCAUGUACCAUCGCGCUCGGAUUACGUGCACGGUUUUGAUCCAUCCUUCGAACCACGCAGGCUACACACCGGAAUGGAACAAGCCUCUGAAGGCGAGCCGACACUAAUCAUCUGCCGCAAAAAAUCGGCAAGGGCGCAAAUUUAAUACGCAGCAUAGCAUCUUAUAAAACCGUCCGCACAAAGCCUUAGGAGGUUGUAGUGCUUUUUGUUUUUUUUUUUGGGGACGUUUCUGAGGGAUCGAUCCGGAUUCUGCUUCCUUCCUCUUCUUCUUCUUCCGUUCCCUUCGUCCUUGUGGUUCUGUAUUUUAGUCGAAAUCUCCAAAACCUGUUACCGCACACACACACACACUCACAGACCCGUGACGAGUAUAGACGGAACGGAGCAGCAGGAACACCAAAAACAAGUAAGGUUUAAGGCUGAAGUGUGCUCCGCCAUUGCUCCAACUGCUCCCAGCUUGCAACACCAUCUCUACUCUGCCCGGUGUCACAAAACGAGACAACAACGGCCGCAACCGUGAUCUGCGCGAAUGCAGUGAGGCGCAAGAUGCGCGAGAAGGAUCACUCACCGCGCAAGAUGCUGCCCAGUCCAAAGCAAGGCGCGGUCUAUCCGCUGCUCGGUCUCGGAUCCACCCUGCCGGCACCGUUCGAUCUCUCGCUCGUCAACCGUUCGUCCUCGUCGAAUCUGCUGCACCAGCAGCAGCAACAGCACCAGAGCCUCGCCGAGCAACCGCUCGAUCUGCGGGUGGAGCGCAAGAAGUCGUCCGGUGGUGGUGGUGGUGGUGGCACGUCGACCUCUACCUCCUCGGACGAUGAAACGGAUCCACCGAGGGCAAGCUCCACCGACAGCAAGCCCGGGAGUAAUGUGAUAUUCUUUAACGAUAACAACAACAACACGAACAAUCUGAACAACAACCACAGCAAACCGUCCGAUAGUGAUAAGAGCCCGAGUCCUACCAACCACAACAACAACAACAACAACAACAACAACAGCUCCAAGUACACCAACAACAACCACAUCAACAUUAAGGAUGAGUUCCGAAUAUCGAGCCUCGCGAAUCACAGUCCGAGUGCACUGUUUUCCGGCCCACCAGGACUCAACCCGCUUAUGCUGGAGGCGAUCGCAAAGGCGGGCCUUCCGGUACCCUACCGUGGUUCAUUCUUGCCGCCACGAUCAUCCGCCUCGUACGAUCUGCAGCGGUUAAAGGAGCGCGAAGCACUCGCCCUCAGUCUGUCGCAGCUCCGUCAAAGUGCCUCGAACAGCGGCGGUGCCGGGAAUGGUUUGAAUAACAAUAACGCCAACAUUAUCAACCACAACCUGCCGACCGGUGCCGGCGGUACGACUGGUUCGCACGGCAAAAACAAGGACCGGUACGCGUGCAAGUUCUGUGGCAAGGUGUUCCCGCGGUCGGCUAACCUGACGCGUCACCUGCGUACCCACACGGGCGAACAACCGUACAAGUGCCGGUACUGUGAGCGAUCCUUCAGCAUCUCGAGCAACCUGCAGCGACACGUGCGCAACAUCCACAACAAGGAACGCCCGUUCAAGUGUGCACUGUGCGAACGGUGCUUCGGUCAGCAGACGAAUCUUGACCGGCAUCUGAAGAAGCACGAAGCGGACGCGGCCGGACUGGGGCUUGGGUUGGACGAGCGACUGCGGGCGGCACGGCGAAACAGCCGUGGCAUACCGGAGGAUUCCUACUUCGAGGAGAUACGAUCCUUCAUGGGGAAGGUGACACAGUUACCGAUCCCGCUUCGGUUGCAGCACCAGCAGCAGCAGCAACAGCAGCAAUCACCCUCCUCACAGGCUAGGGACAGCGCAAGGGAUAGUCCGUUCGGUAGACGGCAGGCAAGGCAGCAGGAUGGACAGCACGAUACACACUCGUCCCGCAGCUCCACACCUUCGGACGAGGAACCCGUCUCACCGGCGGGAAGCAUCGGCAGCGCCCACGAGCAGGACAUCAAGAUGGAGACGAACAACAACGAGGACGGUGACGAACCGUUGCAGGUCACCUGACCGGACGCAGUAUGGUGUGUUCCCGCGGAUCUUGGGUGUACCUGCUGAUCAACGAUCACGAUCUAGAUGGUUCCUUUGACAGUAUUUGCUCUGCUCUGAUCGCGCAGAUCCAGCAGAAAAAGGUGGGUAAAUGCUGUGUUUGUGUAGACGGGUGUCAAGCCAACGUUUACUACUUAUACUAAAUCCGCAAGGUACAAUCGAUCCUAAAUCGUUAGCCUUUAAGUGAAUGAAUCUGCGCCACUCAUCCGUCCACUACUCGUUGGCAUCCGCGGUGCAACACCCCGCGGUGUCUUGUGUGUUCGCUACUACGCAUAGCAAAUAAGUACCUUUGUAUUAGAAGUCGGACUAACUAACUAGCGAAAGGAGACUCGCAAAAACUGAGAGAUUCAGAUUACCAUUACCCACGACCAGCCUACCAGCGCAGUCGAAUUUAUAGUAUUGAAGCAAACAAGGGUUAGCAAUAAAACUGGACACCAAACCCGAACGAACGCUUGGGUUGUGUUGUGUACAUUUUAAGGGGAUCUAGUGCAGGAAUAGUGUUGCAAGGCUUCUACGUGACGGAACGGUGAUAUAAAACGAAAUACUCUGCUUGUUUUUUUUGUACGUUUAAAAACUACUUGCCAUACCGAUCUUGUUCUGCUACUGGAAAUCGAUUAGAGUACGUUGUUUGUGUAUAUGUGGUUUUUUUUAUAUUUUAUCAUGUUUAAUUAUUACAUUUACCAUUUUUAGCAUAAAACGUUCCAAUGACACGCGGUUAUGAGACGCGUACCCGAUGAUCUAGAACAUGAUGUAAUGCUAAUAAAAAAUAAAUAUGCAUAAUAUAUAGCCACGUACGUAUAUAGGGCAAAUGUCCAGCAUCGAGUGUGAGAAAGGAAUAGAAGGAAUUAUGGUACUCAAAACAAAAAAACAAAAGAUAUCUAACAAAAAGUAAUUGUUCAACCAAAGCCAAAUGUAAAAUCUGCUCGCCUUGAGAAGAGCACUGGAUUGUUGUUGGAAGGGCACGUGGAAGCAGUAGCGAAAUUAACCGUUUAGUUUUGGAGGAAGCGACCCAAACCAUUGCUCCGAAUUACGAUAGGUUAGGCGACGACUAGCGCAUACAAAUAAUUGUGAAAUGUUAAAGUAUUGUUGAGUUUUAGUUCUUCUAGUAGGUAGGUAACACGAUGUUGGUUAGUUUAGUGAGAGCACUGGCUUAGCUGUUUGUUAAUUAGUUACGUUAAAUAUCGAACACCUUCCUUCCCGCUUGAUUGGCUCCGGAAACGCGAGGAAAAGCACGGGAAAUAGUUAAACCCGGGUUGUUCUAAUUAAGUUUCGCAAACUACGCACACAAAACCACUUGAUCGUGGCUUUGUGACCGGCCACAGAACUCUGCAGUCUCUGCCCAUAAAAUGGGGCACAUUUUGGGGCACUGAGCAGAAGCAGAAAAAUUACCACACCGGGAAGAAAAUGGUGCACAUAAAACCACACAUCGUCGUCAUGAUCUCCGAUACAUCCCGAUAUGUUCCAAUGUUAGUGGCUGGCGAUCGCACAUUCAAAGCACUCAGAGAUAGGCAGACUUGGAAGAUUCGGAGCGUGAUCGUAAAUGCUGGGGAGGUUUUUUUUAAAGCUUACCUCGUUACGGCGACACAUACACGAGACCAGGUGCAAUGUACAGGUUCCGACCAGGAACCGUUUUGUACCGUUUGUAGCACAGUUUUUUGUACCGAAUUGUUGCACAAAACGUUGUGCGAUACAGCGCGUAUGAUAAGCGACAUUAGCUGAUCGUGUGGAGGUAUCUUCCGAUGGUAGGCUUUUGCUGAAGAGGCAGCCAUAAAACAUGACCCGGCCGGGGAUGGGUUUGGAAUACAAAAAAGAGCACAUUGAGAAACUUACCCGUCCUGGAGGUUUUUCAAUUUCAAAGUCCAAAUUCCGGAACAGUGAGACGUGUUGUGCUUCAGUGCCAGAUUCCGGCCGAUAGAUAGACCAUCGCAGGAUUCCGAUUAUCGUUUUUAUCCGGACCACAAGUCCAGCAGCUAGGAAGAAACAGAUAGGGUAACACAUAUUUACAAUUAAAACAAUCCUACAUUACGCCACACGCACGCUGUUACAAAUUAGUUACCAAUUUAGUGAGGCACGGCAACUCGGUAGUGAGAAAGCACUAAGGAUGUGCACAAAAAAUAGGUACGAUUGCUGCUGGGAUUGGCCGUUUCGUACUAAGUUUCGCAUGAUCGGCAUACAAAAGCACGAAAUGCAAUAAACAAAAAGAGUGAACAAGUGAACUAGCGGAAACAGAUUUAGCACGUGAGUCUUCCCCACACCAUUUUGCACUUGGGGAUUCCUAAAACCAUACGGUACACACAAACGCCACAUACCCAUGCUUGAUCCGUCUUCCAUGAUCGGUACACGAUCACGAUCAACAUUCCCUUUUUCAGUUGUUUUGCAUCUGAACAGGGCCAUGUUUGUUUGUAAUGUAUAAUUUGUUUUUUUUUUAUUGUUUUUUUUUGAGAUGAUUUUAUCUGUUUUACAUCCAUUUUUUACCCUAUCUCUUUUUGUACGUUUUAUUAGUCCAAAUAUACACACAACCGGCGCCGAUAGAAUAGCACCAGAACAAAAAGCGGGGGGAAAAAAACGCGAAACGCGAAAGUAAAUGAACGAAGCGGAAUGUUCAUCGAUGAUAAUAAAUUUGUAGAAUAAAGCAAAAACUAGUGAAACUAAAUAGCACACUAAUCGUAGUUAAACAAUCGCAAACAAGAAAUGCUACUCAAAACCAGCGGUGCACACCAUCACACUAAUAAAUAGAGUAACUAAUUGUACGCCAUCUUGCCGUUAAUCUUGACAUUCUCACUAUUGUUCUUUUGUAAGCGUACUUACUUUUUCCUUCACUUUCUUAUAGUUUACAAUUGCAGUUGCGAUGCGUUUCUCGACUUUUUGUUUUAGUUAAUUGAUUUACUUCAGUUUACUUUACGCAAAAGUAACACCAUUCCAUGACAACCUACUAUUACCCGCAACCAAUAUUAUUAUGCCGUUUUUUUGUGUUUUCUUGUGUAAGAAUAAUGUAUAACUCAAAAAAUACACAAAGCAUACAAAAAUGUCAACCAAGACACGCUUUAGUAAGUAAGCAUACUUCUUUGUACAUGUAUGUAGAACCUAUUACCGUUACUGUAGUGAAGCGAAACAAGCGAGAAUAAAUAUCAUGCACAAAUCAGA